UCCGUUACUUUAUCAAUGGAAUUAGAAACAAAUGGUGCAUAGCGUACUGAAAGAAGAAGAAGACGACAGAUGCAUAUAAAAGAAGUCAGAAACCAACUUCCUGUCCUCUCAUUGCACAAACACCAAAAUUCACCGUCCUCUCAGGUGAGGAAAUGAGGAUUGGAUGUGUUUGGGAAACGUUGGCAUGCCUCACCGCUGCAAUAAUGGUCCUAAAAAGCUGCACCUGCACGGCAGCAGGGGAAGUGGUUACGUGUUCUGAAAUUGUACCGAUGGUGUACAGGAACGAUAAAAUAUCGAUAACGGAUUUCGGUGGAAUUGGAGAUGGUAGAACGUUGAACACGAAGGCAUUCAAUGAAGCGAUUUACAGGAUUAAGCAUUUGAGGAGGAGAGGAGGGACGCUGUUAUACAUACCUCCAGGAGUUUAUCUCACACAGACCUUCAACCUAACCAGUCGCAUGACUUUGUAUUUGGCCAAAGGUGCUGUUAUCAAAGCCACACAGAACACUGCAAACUGGCCUUUAAUCGCUCCUUUGGCAUCUUAUGGUAGAGGGCGAGAACGUCCUGGAGGAAGAUAUAUUAGCUUCAUCCAUGGCGAAGCUCUCCAUGACGUAAUCAUCACCGGUGAAAAUGGCACAAUCGAUGGCCAAGGUGGGGUGUGGUGGAACAUGUGGAGACGACGAACCUUGCAAUUCACUAGACCAAAUCUCAUCGAGUUCAAAGACUCUAGAGGCAUCAUCAUCUCUAAUGUCAUCUUCAAAAACUCACCCUUUUGGAAUAUUCAUCCUGUUUACUGCAGCAAUGUUGUUAUUCGGCAUGUGACCAUAUUAGCUCCACCCGACUCUCCAAACACGGAUGGAAUUGAUCCAGAUUCAAGCUCCCAUGUCUGCAUUGAGGAUUCCUACAUCUCAACAGGAGAUGAUCUAGUGGCUGUAAAAAGCGGGUGGGAUCAGUACGGAAUUAAAUACGCUCGUCCCAGCAACGAUAUCACGAUCCGCAGACUCACCGGAUCCUCUCCCUUCGCCGGAAUUGCAAUUGGAAGUGAAACAUCCGGUGGGGUGUAUAAUGUAUUGGCAGAGCAUAUAACUCUUAAAAACAUGGGAAUUGGAAUCCAUCUAAAGACAAACAUCGGUAGAGGUGGAAUUAUAAGAAACAUCACUGUUUCUGACGUUUAUAUGGUCAAUGUUCGCAAGGGAAUCAAGAUUUCCGCUGAUGUGGGUGAUCAUCCGGAUAAAAAUUACAACCCGAAUGCCCUACCCGUUUUAAAGCAUGUCAGGAUCAAAAAUGUGAGGGGCAAAAAGGUCCAACAGGCCGGUUUAAUACAUGGUUUGAAGAACUCACCAUUUACAGAUAUCUGCCUCUCUAAUAUCAAUCUCCAAGGCCCUAUAAUUAGUCCCACAAAUGUUCCAUGGAAAUGCUCUUAUGUUAGCGGAGGUGCUAUUCAAGUUAACCCGUCGCCUUGUUUAGAGCUUAUCCGUACAAGAUAUAAAUGUCGUUGACCAUGAAAGGUCAAUGAAAUUGAAAGAAAAUACGAACUUGAAUUAUGCCAAAUUCAAACUGAUUAUCACAUUGAAAUAACAUGUAUACGUUUUUAUUCAUCUAAAUAUGCUACGACAUCUCUCAUGGAUGCAAAAAAGUACAUGAUUGUUGUAUACAGAGACAAGUGAUUACAUCAUAUGAUAAUUCAAACAUGCUUUUAACGUUUUGUAAUCUAAUAGGCAUUUAUAUAAUACACGCAAGUGAUACAUACCUCGAUCAUCGAGGAUUCAUCAAUCAAAAGUGUGCUUUAGAAACUUGCCGAUGCGCCUCAUGAAACCGCCUUUGUGCUCUCCCUUCUCCUUAUGGUGGCGUGAAGAAGUAACCAUAUUCUCGCGAUUGAACAUGAACUUUGGCACGAAUUCUUCAUCUCUGUCAUGGUGAUGGUGGUGGUGGCCGUACUUGUGCUUGAACUCCAGCCAUUCUGUCGGAACCUUAUCGCCGAAUGCUUUCGGAUCGAAAGUGUAGCUCUUGCUAGAUAGGAUCAUAUCGUUUCCGUAAGACGUUUUUGUCUGAGGGAGCAUGAACGUCUUCUGAAAUUUCCGGCAUGGAUGACGUCGGACAAACCUGAGUGGGAUCCGAGAAGUUUUAUCAAAAAACUGACGUUUGAUCGGACGUGAUCUUGUUAACCUCGGACGCGGCGUUGAAUCAAUCGUGCUAACGUCAAAUGUUUGAGUGUUCUCAGAUUCCGGCAAACGAUCAUUACUGAUAGUUUGAUCUAAGUCCGAUUUAGGCUUCUCGAUCGAAAGAUGAACGUCGUCUAACUCGGCGACAGCGACAGAUUCUGUGGAAGACUUUGAGGUAAACGUGUCUAAGCCGAUCCGAGCGGUGGUAAAGGAGAAUAACAAGAACGUGAAGAUGGUGAAGACGGCGAUCUUGUUCUCCAUGGUUAUCGAGUACGCCUCUGUGAGUGUGUGAACCUGAGGAGAGAAAGAAAAGG